GUCCAAAAUAGUUAUUUAAAUUAUGACUUAACAAAGUAGAAAAAUUGAAAGGAUAUUUAAUUUUGUAAGGCUAUAUAUGACUGUAUAUGAUUAAGAAAUGUUUAAUAGAAAGAUGCUAUUUAUCACAUGUAGCAUAUAAUGUUCAAAUUUGUUCACCGAAAAAAGCACAACAACGAAUUCGAAUGAACAUUUCAGUUACAAAAGAAAGUUACAAAGAAGAAGAAGAAAAUACAGAGCAGAGGAUUGAAUAAAAAAGGUUAUUAAUGGAAAAACUAGUCAUCAUUUUGUGUACCACGCUUUGCAUAACUUUGUUUAUAAACAGAACACAGUCUACAAAAAAUGAUAUUACAUUUUUGGUUGAUACAACAGGUGACGUUACGCAAGACGAAUUCAAACAAGUCAUCGACUUCAUUUAUAACAUAACAAGUAGAUUGGCUAUAGGACCAGAAGAUAAUAGGGUUGCCCUUGUCACUUUUAACACAAUACCAACGACACAGUUCGAUCUAAACGAUAUAAGUGGCAAAGUUAGUUUACUGAAUGCUAUAAUUUCCACUAAGAACUACAAUUUAACUGGGACACGUGAAACGCACAAAGCAUUAAGUCAUAUUGAAGACAAUAUAUAUGUUUCAUCAUCAGGAAUGAGGACGGACGCACAAUCUUCGUUACUACUAAUCACGUAUGGACAGUCACAAUCUCCAACACAAACACAAUUCGCUGCAUACGUUUUAAAAUCGACAGUUCAAGCUAUUUACGUUAUAGGAGUUGGAUCACUGAUGUAUGACCAAACUGAAAGAAGUGAUUUUCCAAAUAUAGCUAGUUCAAUAGAAAACAUAUUCUAUAUAGAAGAAGUUUCAAUUCUGUGCAAUUAUAUCUUAAGUAUAACUAUUAAACUGGAUUUGAAUGCCACACAAUCUGAAGUUGUUGGUUGCUCACCAAUAACAACCACUUGGACAACAAUAUCAACAACAAUACCAACAACUACAGAAAUGAAAACAACAGAGUUAACAUAUUCAACAGAACUAACAGAUUCAACUUCAACAGAUUUAACAUAUUCAACAGAAUCUUUAUCCCAAGAAAAAACAAGUCUUAAACUAGACACUGAUAUUUGUUUACUUUCAUUUAAAGAUAAUGGGACAACAGCUUCACACUUGAAUGGUUGUGUUGUGUGCUAUCCAGCGACAACGGAACUAACUUCAACAGAGAAAACAGUUUCCAAAAUAAACAAAGGUUUACCAGCUGUUAUCAUGAUAGGUAUCCUGUUAUCGUGUUUAUUGAGUUUAGUCCUUGUAGCAUUGGUUUUAUACCUUUUGUGUAAUAGGAAAAGAAGAAAUAACAGAGAAGAAAAGAUUGAUCAUGAUAGUACGAUAGAAAAUGCAGAAAAAGUUACAAUGACGCAACUUUAGGAGUAAAAGGAUAUAUCUACAAAAAGUGUAUUACCAGCUUCGAUAUCAAACCUACAACAGGAAAGAAUGUAAAGGAUAUACUGACUUUCUCUUGAAGAUAGAAGUGUUACCUUAUCUGUCAUCAAUCUUAAAAUAUCUCUAUAAAAUAUAAUCUGUUUUG